CGAAAGCGAAGAACGAACACACGCGUUCGUUUCGCGAAAAGAAAAAAAAGGUGGGGAAGCCAACAAGCGAGCCUCAAGGUAGAAACCGAAGUGGAACAAAACAAGAAAUUUUCGUUUCAGGUGCACAAAUGUGAGAGUGGAAUCGAGUGUGCACCGAUCAGUGCUUGUUUUUCCUGUGCUACUCCCUAUAUAUUUUCAAUAAAUUCAUUUCCUUGAGAGGAUUAUUCCGCACAUCAGAUCGUUUCAAUUGGAAGGUUUCCACGAUGGCGUACGGCCGACACAUGGAUGGCUGCGGCAACUUCAUGAAGUACAGCAUGUUCAUCAUCAACUUCAUAAUAUUCCUUGGAGGAAUAACAGUGGUCGCUCUGGGCAUCUGGACCGUAAUCGACAAAUCUUUCGCCAACGAACUCCUCGGCACGAAUCUAUACUCUGGAGCAGUAUACGUGCUCAUCGCCACCGGAAUCCUCAUCACUCUCAUCUCGUGCUUCGGAUGCUUCGGCUCAGCCAAAGAAGUUCGAUGCAUGCUUGUCACGUACUUCAUCGCCGUCUUCCUGAUCUUCGUCACGAUGCUGGUUGGCGGUAUCCUUGGUUACGUCUUCCGUGCCAAAGUUGAGAACACCAUGAAGAACACCAUGAUCGGAUCCAUCAGAUCCUACGGCAACGAUAGGCCGGUGACGGAGGCCUGGGAUGAAAUUCAGUCGCGUCUUCAAUGCUGCGGCGUCUCCGGCGCCGUCGACUGGACAGACCAGAUCCCGGAUUCCUGCUGCAGGGAGCCGGUUCCCGGCAAACGGCAGAGAUGCAAUCUCCUCGUCGAGCAUCAGAACUCGUUCACGCUCUUCCAGAGGGGUUGCUACAACGUUACCAUUGACUACGUUAAAGAUCAUGCGGCAAUCAUCGGUGGCGCUGGAAUUGUAGUAGCCUGCUUAAUGUUGCUCGGAAUGAUCUUCUCUUGCGCACUCUUCAAGAUACUGGAAUAAAUAGUUCUUCAGUAAUAUUUCAGACUUCUUCUGUAUAGUUUUUUUUUCGAUGCUGUGUACAAAAUGUUACUUAAAUUAUUAAUCUUAACCAUUUUUUCUCGUUCCGUAAGACGCUAAUGUUACAUGUAAAUUUUAUAUUUUGUUACAAUAAUUUGAAAAAAAAAUAAUAAAAUAAAACACAAUAAUAAAAUGAAAA